CCUAGAAAAACGAAAAAAAAAAUGAUAGGAAGGAGGGACCCAUCUUCUCAACUCUUUAGGGUUUCUGGAGAAAAUUUUCAGAUUCUAUUCAUUUAAUCAUAUUCUAGAUCUGUUGGGUAGGAAGACGGUCUGAAGCCGUGAAGCUGAUAUCAAUGGAGAGCUCAUUCGACGCCAAGGCAAAGAACUCGUCGGAGGAAGCGCGAGGGAGGUGGAGGAUGCUGUCUUCCGUAGUGAAAAAUCCCAAACGGAGGUUUAGAUUCACCGCAAGUCUCCAAGCGAGGUCGGAGGCUGUUUGCAUGCGACGCAGUAACCAGGAGAAGCUCAGAGUCGCACAGUUGAUUUCCAAAGCUGCAUUGCAGUUUAUCCAGGGCGUUACCGUUGUACGUGAAGUUGUUUAUCGGAGAGGCCCCGGAUGCAAACGUAAAUAGUCAAACUCAUGCCUGUGACUCUGAAACUUGAAUCCUUCUUGUGAAGAAGCUGAAAAAUCUUCAACAGUUGUAGCAUCAGCAUCCUGUAGUUGCAUAUCAAUGUGGUCGUGUAGUUAUAAUAUAUGCAAGUCCAUAUAUAAGCUCGUCUAAUGAGAACUUCUCCAAGUCUUCAA